GUUUCUCUCUUGCGUUGCUUGCGUGCGGUUCUCGAGCUGCUCUCGCGUUGUUCCCCCCCAAAGGAGCCAGCUCACGUUGCAAACACUUUUUGACCCGCCGGCGUUAACGACGCGCCGACACGUUACUUAAGCACAAAAUCACAAUUCUUAAUAAUUAAUAAUAGCGAAGGAAAAUAAAUAAAUACACAAAAAAGAUUUCAACGCACACCAAAAUCAAAAAAAAAAAAAAACAAAAAAAGGAAAACGGAAAAUUUAUACACAUCAAAAAGAAAUGGGAAAAUAAUUUACGCGCAGCAAAAAGCUAAAGCCAAUCAUCAAUCGAAGUCAGUUUGUGGUCUAAAUAUAAAUAUAUACCGUUAUAUAUAGAGUUUAAGUGUUGUUCAAUUUGUUCAAGUCACGGCAAAAAGCAACGGUAAAAAUAAUUCGCAACACGUGUUAACACACAGUGCGUAUGAAUGAUCUAUUCACUCUGCGUGUGUGUGUGGGUGAGAGAGCGAGAUACAUAGAUCAAAUAGUAUGUCCAUGUAUCAAGUGUGUGUCUGUGUGUGUGUGAGUGUAUAUCAGACAUAUGUCUGACAAAUAUCUCGUGGAUAAGCACAAAAAAUUCUCAUCUAUUAGUGUUAAUAUCUACAUAAAUCUGAAAUAGUUGAAACAACAAAAAGCUAAAAAGCAAAAGCACAAAAAAAGUUACUGCAAACAACUGCAUAAAAAAAAAAACACGGAUACAUAUCAGACCGAUUAAUCAGUAAUACUUCUAUAGUUAUAUAUCUUCAUAGCGCUCAAAAUACCAAAGACUCUUGUUUACCCUCCCCUUCCACCACCCCCACCCAUUUAUUGUAUAUCACAUCUUCUCUUCCCCCACCCCCGGCACAAAAAGUCAAUGUAUUAAUUGCACCUGAUAGGGAAUCGUGAAAUUUAACGCACAGGAAAUAGGAAUCGGUUUUUGUUUGCCCCACACUCACCCGCCCCGCACAGUUUUCGGAAGAGGCAACUAACAUGUUGCAACAUCAUGCCACAGAUUUCUAUGAUUUGGCCGCGGCGAAUGCGGCGGCUGUGCUAACUGCCCGACACACGCCUCCCUAUAGUCCGACGGGAUUGAGUGGUUCGGUGGUGGCGCUGCAUCACAAUAACAACAACAACAACAAUAGCACAAGCAAUAACAACAACAAUUUGGAUAUGUUGACGCACAAUGGAGGAGGAGGCGGAGGCGGAAUAGUUGCCAGUGGAGGUGGUGUGACCACUAGCUUGCACUUGAGUAGCAACAGUAAUGGCACCACAACAGCAGGAGGAGGAGGAGGAGGAGGCAGCGGGGGAGGCGGUGGUGGUGGUGCAUCGUCGGGUAGAGAAACUCUGCCCAGCUUUGGCUUCACCCAGGAGCAAGUGGCCUGCGUGUGUGAGGUACUCCAACAGGCAGGGAAUAUUGAAAGACUGGGCCGUUUCCUUUGGUCGCUGCCACAAUGUGAUAAACUGCAACUGAACGAAUCUGUACUGAAGGCCAAAGCGGUCGUUGCAUUCCAUCGUGGUCAGUACAAGGAGCUCUAUAGACUGCUCGAGCAUCAUCAUUUCUCGGCCCAAAAUCACGCCAAGUUGCAGGCCCUGUGGUUGAAAGCGCAUUAUGUGGAAGCCGAAAAACUGCGCGGAAGACCUUUGGGUGCUGUUGGCAAAUAUCGUGUUCGCCGUAAAUUUCCAUUGCCUCGCACCAUUUGGGAUGGCGAGGAGACGAGCUACUGUUUUAAGGAGAAAUCCCGUUCGGUAUUGAGAGACUGGUAUGCCCACAAUCCGUAUCCAUCGCCGCGUGAGAAAAGAGAUUUGGCCGAGGCCACAGGACUGACCACGACACAGGUUUCCAAUUGGUUCAAGAAUCGCCGACAAAGAGAUCGAGCAGCCGAGCAUAAAGACGGCUCAACUGAUAAGCAACACUUAGACUCAUCCAGCGAUUCAGAAAUGGAAGGCAACAUGUUGUCCAGUCAAAGCGCACAACAGCAACACCAACAACAGCAGCAACAACAAUCCCCCAAUAGCAGCAACAAUAACAACAACAACAACGGCUUACAUUCACAACAACAACAAUUGCAUGUUGCAAGCGAACAAAGUCUGCAACAUCAUCAGCAACAGCAACAACAACAACAGCAGCAGCAACAUCAACAACAACAACUGGUGACAGCAAGUGUUGCUGCCGGUGGCAAUAAGAAUGCAAGUAACACGGCAGCAACACAAAUGCAAAUGCCUCCCCUCUCCGCAGCCGUUGCCUACUCCCAUCUGCAUAGUGUGAUGGGGGCAAUGCCGAUGCCCGCCAUGUACGAUAUGGGUGAAUAUCAGCACUUAUGAUUCUAGUUGGAGGCGGCUGCUGCUGCCAGCACCAGCAAUUGCAGCAGCAGCGGCAACACAACCGGCGGCAGCAACUUCAUCGGCAGCGGCAGCAGCAGCAACCAUUUCGAAUACGAGUGGCCAACGGCAACUGCUCUGCGUCAACGGAGUCAGCAACAGCAAUCGGAGGGCUUUUACUUUUGAAAAAAGGGAAAGAAAACAAAACGACAAACAAACAAACAAUUUCAUUUCAAAUCAAGGCACUUUAGCAUUUCUUCCUGCAACAAAGAGAGACAGAAAUAGAGAGAGAGAGAAGGAGAGAUCGAGAGAGAGAGUUAUAUAGAGGCAACAUAUUGCAGCACAAGCCCCCAAAAUAAAAUACAAAAUAUACAAAACUGCAUCAAGAUCUGUGUACAUAGCUAGGCUCUAGUUUUAGUGCAAAUUGAAUGGACGCAACAGCAAGGGGCAAAAGGACAUGCAAGGACUCGAGUCGAAUCCCCCAACUGUGGUGACUCAUUCAAUUUGCAAAAUGCAAAUCAAAUCGAAAUGUGCAAACAAUUAAAUUAAUAAUAAAUAUAUUCUAUAUACACAAUACAUCUCUAUGUAUUUAAAUUAUACAUUUUAAAUUGUAUGUAGCUCUUAGAAAUUAUACUAUUAUAAACAAUUUUUUGUUAACAAAUAAUUACAAGAAAA